AUGGCUGCCACUGCGAAGCUCGCCGUGGCGCGGGGCGGCACACCGACGACGACGACGCGUCGUCAUCGAGUGUCCACAGCCCUAGCGGUGUCUUCCGCCACGCCGAUCACCGUCAGCCUCAGCGGCCUACAACAACACAAGCAGCAAGAGCAGGCCGCAGCGCCGUCGUCCACGGAAGCACCACCACCCGCCGCAGGUAGCAGUGUCCGCGCCAAUAAAGCCAUGGCUACGCCGCCGCCGCCGCCGCCGCCGCUGGCGUGCAUGUGGCAGGAGCUGCAAGGCGCUGGCGAUGACUGGCGAGCCCUGGUGGAGCCUCUCCAUCCGCUGCUCCGUGCAGAGAUCGUCCGCUACGCGGAGCUGGUGGCGGCGUGCUACAGGACGUUCGACCUAGACCCACGUUCCAAGCGGUAUCUCAACUGCAAGCACGGCAAGCAGCAGAUGCUGCAGGCCGCGGCGGCGGCGGGGAUGCACGGCGCCGCCGGGUACGCCGUCACCAAGUACAUCUACGCGGCACCCGCCGCCGUCGCCUUCGGCCGACGACGGCGAUCCUGCAGCAGCAAGGGCCGGUGGAUCGGCUACGUCGCCGUCGCGUCGGACGGGGAAGCGGCUCGUCUCGGCCGCCGCGACAUCGUCGUCUCCUUCCGCGGGACGGUGACAGGAUCGGAGUGGCUUGCCAACUUCAUGAGCACGCUGGCGCCUGCGCGCUUCGACCCUGCCGACCCGCGCCCGGACGUGAGAGUCGAGUCCGGGUUCCUCUCCCUCUACAGCUCCGACGACGCGUUCGGGAAGUUCACCGCCGGCAGCUGCCGGAACCAGGUCCUUUCCGAGAUAUCCAGCCUUGUUGCCAAGCACAAGGGCGAGGAGAUGAGUAUCACACUCGCCGGACACAGCAUGGGAAGCUCCCUCGCCCUCCUCCUCGGCUACGACCUCGCCGAGCUCGGCCUGAAUUCUUACCCUAAUCGAUCCUCCUCGACGACGACGACGAUCCCCAUCACAGUCUACUCCUUUGCCGGUCCGCGGGUGGGAAACCUAGAGUUCAAGAACCGAUGCGACGAGCUGGGAGUGAAGGUGAUACGGGUGGUGAACGUGAACGACCCAGUGACCAAGAUGCCCGGGGUCCUCUUCAACGAGGGCGCUAGGGUUCUAGCAGGACGGUACGAGUUGCCAUGGAGCAAGGCCUGUUAUGUGCACGUCGGCGUAGAGGUAGCCCUCGACUUCUUCGAGGCUGGUGACAUAGCUUACGCGCACGACCUGCAGGCCUACAUUGAUCAGCUUAUUCUGAUCAAGUGCACCGACGACGACGAUGUCACUGUUGCUGUUGUUGGAUCCGACGACGACUCGAUAAUGGAUGAAGAAGAAGGAGGAGGAGGUGUGAGCGGCGGCAGGGUUGUCGCAUCCGUGUUCGAAUCGUGGAGGUGGCAAAUGGCUGCGAUACGCGCUGGUGAGUUCAUGCAAGCGCUUGGGAUCUGA